AGUGUAGCCUGAAACUACAUUUCUCAGCGGCCACUGGAACGACCUCAACCUCUGCCUCCUCGCCAGUUCAUUGUGGUCGUUGACCCGGCAGCGAGCUUUGGAGUUCAGCGAGGGAGAAGUCAGCGCCCGGCUCCGAGGUUGGAGCAGCCCCGCCGGGCAACUUGAAUUUCUGCAAACGAACACAGCACCGGGAGCUCUGCAGACCUGGGUCGGCGCGGAACCCGGACUGAGACAUGCCGUUUGAACUUCUCAGAUAGAGGAACCCCAGUGAAGACUGAUCAGUUCUUACAGUUCUCAAAGCAUGGCCCAUAAAUAUGUGGGUCUGCAGUAUCAGGGAUCAGUGACAUUUGAGGAUGUGGCCAUAGCCUUCUCCCAGCAGGAGUGGGAGAGUCUGGACUCUUCCCAGAGGGGCUUGUACAGAGAUGUGAUGUUGGAGAACUACAGGAACUUGGUGUCAAUGGGACAUUCCCUUUCUAAACCACAUGUGAUCGCCUUAUUGGAACAAUGGAAAGAGCCUGAAGUGACAGUGAGGAAAGAUGGAAGAAGAUGGUGCACAGAUUUGCAGUUGGAAGAUGAUACAAUCGGCUGUAAAGAAAUGCCCACCUCUGAAAACUGUCCAUCUUUUGCUCUACAUCAGAAAAUAAGUAGACAGAAACCACGUGAAUGUCGGGAAUAUGGAAAGACCCUUUGUCAAGACUCAAAGCCUGUUCAACAUGAAAGAAUACAUAGUAGUGAAAAACCCAACAGAUGUAAAGAAUGUGGGAAGAACUUUAGUAAUGGACAUCAACUCACCAUACAUCAGAGAUUGCAUGUUGGUGAGAAACCCUAUAAAUAUGAGAAAUGUGGGAAGGCCUUUAUCAGUGGCUCAGCCUUUGUUAAGCAUGGGAGAAUUCACACUGGUGAGAAGCCACUCAAAUGUAAGCAAUGUGGAAAGACUAUUAGCGGUAGCUAUCAACUUACAGUACAUAAGAGUAUUCAUACUGGGAAGAAACCAUAUGAGCGCGGGGAAUGUGGGAAAGCUUUUCUAGUAUAUGGAAAGCUUACCCGGCAUCAGAGUACUCACACUGGUGAAAAACCCUUUGGGUGUGAGGAGUGUAGGAAGGCCUUCAGUACCUCAUACCUGGUUCAACAUCAGCGAAUUCAUACCGGUGAAAAACCCUACGAAUGCAAAGAAUGUGGGAAGGCCUUUAGCACUAGCUCACCCCUUGCUAAGCAUCAGAGAAUUCAUACUGGCGAGAAACCCUAUGAAUGUAAGGAGUGUGGGAAGUCCUUCACUGUGUAUGGACAGCUUACUCGACAUCAGAGUAUUCAUACUGGUGAGAAACCUUUUGAAUGUAAGGAAUGUGGAAAGGCCUUUAGACUUAGUUCCUUCCUUCAUGCACAUCAGCGAAUUCAUGCAGGGAUAAAGCCCUACGGAUGCAAGGAAUGUGGGAAAACCUUCAGUCGUGCCUCAUAUCUUGUUCAACAUGGAAGACUUCACACAGGCGAGAAGCCCUAUGAAUGUAAGGAGUGUGGCAAGGCCUUUAGUACUGGCUCAUACCUUGUUCAGCAUCAGAGGAUCCAUACUGGGGAGAAACCCUAUGAAUGUAAGGAAUGUGGCAAAGCCUUUAUUAGUCGCCAUCAGCUUACCGUACAUCAAAGGGUUCAUACUGGAGAGAAACCCUAUGAGUGUAAGGAAUGUGGCAAGGCCUUCAGAGUGCACAUACAUCUCACACAGCAUCGGAAAAUUCAUACUGAUGUAAAGCCCUAUGAAUGUAAGGAGUGUGGAAAGACUUUUAGUCGAGCCUCGUACCUUGUACAACAUAGCAGAAUCCAUACUGGUAAGAAGCCGUAUGAGUGUAAGGAGUGUGGCAAGGCCUUCAGUUCUGGCUCAUACCUUGUUCAGCAUCAAAGAAUUCAUACUGGGGAGAAACCCUAUGGAUGUAACAAAUGUGGGAAAGCCUUUACUGUUUAUGGACAAUUUAUUGGACAUCAGAGUGUUCACACUGGUGAGAAACCUUUUGAAUGUAAGGAAUGCGAGAAGGCCUUUAGACUUAAUUCAUUCCUUACUGAACAUCAGCGGGUACACACUGGUGAGAAACCCUUUAAAUGCCAAAAAUGUGGGAAGACCUUUAGAUACAGUUCAGCCCUUAAAGUGCAUCUGAGAAAACAUGAGUGUUAUACCCUAAGAGUCUGAGGAGUGUGGGAAGUGCUUCAUGUGUGGCUCAAACAUUGUUGAACAUCAGGGAAUUUAUGCUGGUAGUAAACUUUCAAAUGUGAAGAAUAUUGGCAGGUCUAUUCUCAUCUUAUAAGAUAAUUCAUAAUAUAACUCAGAAAACAUAAGAAUAUUCCUUUGUCAUUUCUAGGUUUGUAAUACCAAUAUUUAUACUGGUGGACCAUUCAGAAAAAGUGGGAAACAUUAUUACUUAAUGGUUACAGCACUGACAGCAUGAACUUUUAUAUGAUGCAUUUAUUCUAAUGUGAUUGUAUGAACAAGUGAAUAAAAAACCUUGGACCUCCUAAA